AUGGUGAAAGCUAUUUCGAACAGAUUUAGGAGAGUUAUCGAUAAAUCCAUUGAUGAAGCACAGAAUGCUUUUGUCCCAGGAAGACUUAUAUCGGAUAAUGUUCUAUUAGCAUAUGAAAUCUUACACUCGCUAAAACAGAAAAGAUUAGGGAAAAAUGGCUUCAUGGCAGUCAAGCUAGAUAUGAGCAAGGCUUAUGAUAGGGUGGAAUGGAAUUUUGUUGGGGAGGUUUUGAUUCGAAUGGGUUUUGUGAAAAAAUGGAUAGAGGCCAUUAUGAAGUGUAUGUCUACUGUUUCCUAUACAACAGUGGUGAAUAGAUUUGCUGGAGAAAUAUUUUAUCCGACUAGGGGACUUCGACAAGGGGAUCCACUGAGUCUGUUCUUAUUCCUAAUUUGCAGAGAGGGUCUAUCAAGUCUAUUGAGGCUAGUAGUGAGAGAUGGGACUUUGAAAGGGGUUAAGUCAGAAGAAGAUAGACAAUUGGUGGUCCACCAGCUUGGAGUUCGUAGCUCAACAGAUUCGGAACGGUAUUUAGGACUGCCUAGUUUGGUAGGUAAAAAGAAGAAGGCAUCUUUUCAAGCUUUGAAAGAUCGAUUGAAACAGCGUAUUGAUAACUGGAGUAUUAGAUAUCUGUCGCAAGGGGGUAAAGAAGUUUUCAUUAAGGCCAUUUUGCAAGCCAUACCGACGUAUUCAAUGGCCUGUUUUUUAUUACCAAAGUCAUUCUGUGUAGAAAUGGAGGGUAUUAUCGCUAAAUUCUGGUGGCAGGAGGGACGUGGGAAAAAAGGAUUGCACUGUUGUCUAGAUUCUUUAGUUGCCAGGGUUCUUAAAGCAAAAUAUUUUCCACAAUCAGAUUUUCUCAAGGCACGGCUAGGGAUUUACCUUCUUUUAUCUGGAGGAGCAUUUGGGCAGCAAAGGGCCUUCUCCAAUAUGGGCUUUGUUGGAGAGUUGGCAGAGAGACUGGGAUCUCUAUAUGGAACGAUCGAUGGAUUUCAGGAUGUGAUGCAGUGGUUUGUCCAUGAAAGGAAAAAUUUGGCAGUUAGGGAUCUAGUCAAGAAAAUUAGAAGCUAUCUAGCAGAACUGGAAGGGAUUAGAGAUAAGAAACCUGUUUCUCCCACUGAAGGUAUCCUCAGCCAAGAAAGGGAGACUACAAGUAUAAUGGUCCAGUUUGAUGCAGCCUUCGACAAACGAAAUUUCAGAUCGGCAUCGGGGUUAGUGGUUCGCGAUCAACAAGGUGAGAGAAUAGUUGAAAGGGUGAUUCUCCAUGAAAAUAUCUCCUCCUCAUUUAUAGCAGAAGCUCAUGCAGGGUUAGAGGCCGUCAAAUUAGCAAUUGAAAUGAGUUUAUCUUCAAGAAAAAGAACCAGCAUACCAGAGGUGAGCUUUCAAUUUAUUUACAGAUCGAAAAAUGUUCAAGCCCACAAUAUAGCGAAAGAUGUAUUGCAGAGGAGGGAAGGGGAUUACCUGGUUCGAGAAGGGAGAAAUCAUAGUGAAACUGAUCCAGAAGGAAGAUGGAGAGAGCAUCCGGACUGA